AUGAAUGGCGAGAACCACAGCCGCAUCUUUACGAAGGAGGUUCCCAAGUACGGCGCCGGCAGGAUAUUGGCGGACGGGAGCGACGACGCUGGGCAGCUCUGCGAGGUUUGCCGGGAGAUUGACUUUGCGAGGCUGCUGGACUGGCAGCCGGGGGAUUCAAGACCAUGGGACGAGAGGCGGAGGAAGAAGAGGAAAGAGGGAAACCAGUGUCCGUGGUGUGUCUUCUUCCACUCGAUGAUCACCACAGUGGUCAUGAAAGCCAAGUUCACGCCGUAUCUGCGUAUCCGCUUGGCCUUUGAGCGGCUUGGCGGUGGAGAGAAGCACGCGUUGGGGAAAUCGGUGCUCUUUGAAGUCACAACGAGGAAUCGAUCUCUUCCGUGGGGGUACAUUAAUGGCCAUGCGAAAGUCAACGGAAAGGACAAGCGACAAGACGAAUCAAGGGUCAUUCGAGGGAGGGAGAUAACUCAGCUGCUCCAUCUCCCGCUGGCAAAGAGCUGGAUUGACUUUUGCGACGAGAACCACGCCGCCGAAGCCUGUUCCGUCAAGAAUCUGACGUUGGUCAAGGGAUUGAAGCUGAUCGAUUGCGAGGAGAACAAAGUUAUUCUUGCAGAGCAGCUAUCCGCAGCAGCACCUCGCGAUGAGGUACAAGAUGAUAAAAGCCAGACUGGUACUCGCAAUAGCCAUGAGAACAACACCAGGCACCAGAAUGUGGAUUAUGUCACGCUCAGCUAUAUCUGGGGAAGUUCUCGCCGCAAGGACACCGAGGCCACCUCUGAACAAGGAACCGACGACGACGACCAGCUGCCGCGCCAGCUCCCGAAGCUGAUUGCUGAUGCUAUUUCCACUACCAAGGGCCUUGGAUAUCGGUACCUCUGGGUCGACCGAUAUUGUAUGCCCGGAAAGGGAGACGUGGAGGGAGCGUCGGAGCGCCAGCGACAGCUUAGCCUUAUGGGCCAGAUAUUCAGCCAUUCGGCACUCACGCUCGUCGUUGCCGCGGGCGAAGGCGUUGACGACGGCAUCGUCGGAGUCAGCGCGCCGCGCGAAGAACAGCUGUCAAUACAAACGGAAUCGGACCUCUUCACCACGUCGCUCCUUCGCCCAGACCUCGAGGUUGCUUCGUCGAAGUGGGCGUCUCGGGCAUGGACAUACCAGGAGGGUCUCUUGUCGCGGCGACGCCUCAUCUUCACGCCCUCGCAGAUCUACUUCCAGUGCCAGGCCAUACACUGUCACGAGAGCCUUUCCUUACCCCUCGAAUAUGCACCAGGGUUGAACUUUGGUCGGGUAUUUCCCUCCUCGACUGAAGAUAUCCUUCGGCCCAACAAGCUGAAGAGCCAUAUCAAAGCCUACCUGGCCAAGAGCCUUACUUACACCGACGACCAUCUAGAUGCCUUCAGGGGCUUACUUCACGAAUACUCACGGCGGGAGAAGCUCCCCGUAGAGCAUCUGCUCGGCCUACCCCUUUUCCACCCCGACGACUUUACCAGGCACAAGGUCGUCAGCCAAACGGACCGCCUGGCUGUUGCCCUGGGGUGGAUGCCCAACCGCACACUGCCUUCUUCUUCUAUCUCCGCCUCCACUACCUCUUCCCACGACGACCUCCUUCACAACCCCGUCAUCGACCCUUACUCUCUCAUCGAUUCUCCCUGUCCUUUUCCUUCAUGGACUUGGCUCGCGUGGCGGCCCAAUCAAACAACGUACAACUACAAUACUCCCAGCUACUCCUUCAACUUCAACCUCGUGGAUGACACCUCACCUCUUCUCGACGGCGUAUCCGCCGCGCCUGGGAUGGAAGUCUCUGUCGGCUUUAGCGACGGCAUGGUUCUCUCGUGGGAGAUUGAUGGCGACGCUAUUGCCCGCAAGGCCGACAAGAUCGAGAUGCUGCGCCUCAAGACGUACUGCUUCGACCUGAACGUGAAAAGAACCCCCGCUGGCGCGGGAAACAGGUCGACCUUGUCCCUCGCCGAGCCCGUUGCCUCCGCGCUGGGCAGGUCCGCUUCCGAAUACAUCGAUGCCUGGAUCCGCCGCUCGUCCGUCACCACGCUCUUCGCCUCUGCAGAGGACACGCCCGUUGACCCCGAGUACCACCUCGUCGGCGUCCUCGUCUCAGGACGGCACUGGAAGUCCGAUGGGCCGAUUCAUCGCGCCACAGGGCCGGGGAGUGCCGCGGCUACGGCCACGGCGCUGAUAUGCGGACGCAGGAACUGGGAUCCUGAGGGCCAGUGGGUGCGUCUUGGCGCGUUGAGCAUCGCGUAUGGCGGGCUGGUGCCUGUGGCGGACGAGGCUGAUGCGUCCAUCAUGAAGGGCGUCGAUGCGAGGAGUGGGGAGAAGAAGGAUUUGAGGGUACGGUUGCGGGAGUUGGAUAUCUAUUGA